AUGAGUGUUAAAAAGCGAAACCCAUUUCUUUCAUCAAAACACCCAUCUGAGCUAGAGGUGCUUGAGCAAAGUCCCACAAAGUUCUAUUCUACAGAUACUGAGCCAAUUAAUUGCCAAAUCGAUAGGCUAAACUUAAUUAUCCAGUCUAUUAUGAAAGACUUCCAGCCUAUCGCUACAGACAAGAUAUUGGAAAAGCAUACAGAAGAAUAUAAAAUAGAGGAAGAUAAUGAAAUAAUUAAUUUUGAAGACUUUGACAUCGACAGUGAAGAAAAAAGUGAGUCAGAGGAUGAGGAACUGUAUAGCAGAAUUGAAAAUCUGUGUACCAUUAUUGACAGAGAAGCAAUGAUUUGUGAAGAUUAUAGAGCCCAUGAAUGAAGAAACAUGGAAACUGGAAAUGUAAAAGCAAAAUAUCGUGAAAGUGAUGAAGACCCAUUUUCUAUCUCUCCCACGAUAUUUUUUUAAAAAUAAUUUUUUUAUAUUUAUAAAAAAAAGUAAAAAAUUUUGCGAUAAUGAUAGAGAAAUAAGAAAAUUGAAUGCAGCUUAUACGAUAUUUACAACUUAUUUAAUGACUUGCAGAGUAUCAUUGAUGAAGUUGAGAUGAAUGGCACUCAUGAGAGAAACAUCAUACUAGGAAAAUUUGAUUUAACUCUAUCAGUUAAUCACAAAGAGUUUGUUGUUCCAGACAAAGAAUGGUUGGCGAAAGUAUCUUCUGCUAACAGCUCGACUUCAGGAAAGGAAAAGAAUAGCUCAGAUAUAUGGAAAUACAAAGCGUAUAUCAGUCAACUCGAGAAUGAAGUAGAGCAUUUAAAACUGCAAAUAGCUUUACCGAAAGAAAUAGUUGAGUUUGGUCAGAUUCUCCAAGAAAGCCUAGUUGAUUCAUAUAAAAGCAUAUUACCAGAUGAAGAUUUUUCGAUAGAUUUAUCUAAAAGUGCAUUUGACUCUUUCCCUAAUUUUUCCUUACUCCCAAUCUGUGAUCUAUUUUACUCUUCACAAUAACUAAUUUUAUUUUUAAAGUUUUAUAUUAAAUUGUUUUAGAAAUACCCAACUGAAAACGCAAAAUUUAAGUUUUAGCUUGAAAUUUAAUAGAAUUAUACUAGAAUUUCCAUUAUGAUAACUACUAUUUUGAAGGAGGAUGUUUUAAAAAGGAAGGAUUUUCCAAUAUUUUAGCUCGUUAUAUGAGAAGAAUUAAAGAAAAAAGAACUAGAUAUAAAAAAUUUUAAGCAAAAAAACGCAGACUAUGCAAAAUUAAAAUCUGAGCUUGAAUGGCAAAUCAAUGAAACCCAGAUUCUAAAGUCCAGAUAUCAUACUAAACUAGAUGAAAUGACUAAAAAACAAGAGUAUUUCCAAGAGCAAACCAAUCUUAUCAAGUUAAAAAUGCAAGAAUUAGAAACUAUGCAGAAAAAAAUUGAAAGCGACAAAAAUUUAAUCCAAAUAAAAUAUAUCUUUUUGAGUAUUAUUAUGUGGCCUAUAGCAUUUAAAAUUUAUUUGGUAUGCUAAAACCAUUUAUAAAAUUUCUUUCAUUAUAAAACAAGUUUCCAUCUAAAUAAAAUAUUUAAUAAAUUAUAUAAAAACAUCAAAGAAGAAUUUGAUGCUAUUGAAAGCAAAAAAGCUACAAUAAAGCUUGAAAAAUUGCACAUUGAAGAUGAAAAGAAAAAGCUUGAAUGGGACAGAGAUCAACUUGAAGAUGAAAUUAGAGAAUUUAACGAAAGAAAAAAUAAAGAACAAGACAAAAAAUCUGAUUGGGAGAAAAAGAGAAAUGCAUUAGAAAUUUCGAUUGAUGAAGUGAAAUGUGAAGUAUCAGAAAGCCCAAGGGUAUUUAGAUCACAGCUUAACAGAGGACAUAUACUAUUUACUAUGAAUGAUAGCAUUACUGCUGAUUAACCGUUUUACAUAAUUAUAAAAUGGAUAUGCAGGAAGUGGCUGUCGCCACAGCCCUACCUCCUCCACGAUAUUUAUUAUUAUAGAGUCCAGCUUUAACGAGGACCUUUAUAUUUAAUGCCAGUAUGGAACUAUCGCGUAGGGUAAUUCGGUGACCUCAUAAAGAAAGGAAGUUAUUAUUAUUAAUGCCUAUCGCACCUGAGGAGGGUGAUCUUUGGCGAAAAAGCGCUGGAUUCAGGUUCAAACGAGGUCAAGCUCGACUUCUGAAAAACUUUCUGGCCCUUUUAGUGGUUCUUCUUGAAUGCUUACUCAGCAAGAUGGCUGCUGAUAUCACCACUUAGAAAUUAAAGAUCGGGUAGAUCUAAACAUCCUGCUGAAGAAUUAAAAUCUAAAUAACUAGCAGUAUAAGACCAGCCGUUUUUAUAUUUACUAUAUAAAAUAUAUAACUGCAACCAGUAUGAAUGCUUAUAUUCUCUCAAAUUAGGUAUACUUACUCAGAAGGAAAUUUAGAUACCAGUAGAAUUUUAUCUAAAAGCCAAAGUAUAUCUCUCCCAAAAAAAGAUCUCCCACAAAUAGACCAUGAAAUGGAAACGGCUUGGUCGAAUUUUCGAAACUAUCUAAGCAGAUAGUUUUUGGGUAUAAGUUACAGAAAACCUUUAAAAGAAAAGGCAAGCUAAUAAUUUAAUAAACUAUUUGAGGAGAUAUGAAAAAAAUGAUUUUAUAUAUAAUUUGAUAGUAAAAUUUUAAAAAAUUUUGAUACUAAAAUAGAAACUGCCGAGGCAAAUCGCUAGUAUAUAAUAGAUAGGAAGUCUAUUUAAAAGAUCCCUAGGAUAGUCCGAUGACGAAUUAUAAGGAGUGAGUCGUCAAGGAAACAUAGGAGAUAGUAUCAGUAAAUUUUAAUAAAGGGUUAGAUAGGUAUUUAUCUGGAUUCCAAUUACAGGUAUUUAUAGAAAUAGCAAGGGGCAUAACUUUAGUAACUAUUUAUUUUUCUUCGUCCGCUCUUACUGUUUAUUAAAAAAGUAUUUAAUGUCUUUUAAAUAUUCUAGCUGGCGCUUAGAUAUUCUAUAAAUAAACGCGUAAAGUUCAGCUCAAUAUAAAUAUAAAUUUUGCGCGAAUUAGCUUAACUUAAAACACUCUUCAAUUUAUUUAAAUUGUAAAAAUCCAAAAGUAAACUAACCGCAAAGGCACUUUAAAUACUACAUAUCCUAGGUCUUUUCCGAACUAUUGGUAAAACCAUAACAAAAAUUUAAACGAGGAAGGCCGUUUUUGAAAUUUUUUUUCUAAAAAAAUAUGUGGCAGCAUUAUUGCAGAUUUACUGUAGUUAAAGGAGUUAAGUAUCCAUUUAUUAGCUAUUGUAUGAGAAAUUACCUAUAUUGCUACUUCUCUAAUUACAGUAAAUCUGCAAUAAUGCUGCAAUAUAUUUUUUGAAGAAACAAUUUCUUUAAGGGGCUUUUCUCGUUUAAAAUUUUUGUUUUGGUUUACCGAUAGUUUGGAAAUGACCUAGAUAUGUAGUAUUUAAAGUGCCUUUGCAGAUAGUUUACUUUGAGACUUUUACAAUUUAAAUACAGUGAAGAGUGUUUUUAAGUUAUAAUGCUGCCACAUAUUUUUUAGAAAAAAAAUUUCAAAAACGGCCUUCCUCGUUUAAAUUUUUGUUAUGGUUUUACCAAUAGUUCGGAAAAGACCUAGGAUAUGUAGUAUUUAAAGUGCCUUUGCGGUUAGUUUACUUUUGGAUUUUUACUACAAUUUAAAUAAAUUGAAGAGUGUUUUAAGUUAAGCUAAUUCGCGCAAAAUUUAUAUUUUAUAUUGAGCUGAACUUUACGCGUUUAUUUAUAGAAUAUCUAAGCGCCAGCUAGAAUAUUUAAAAGACAUUAAAUACUUUUUUAAUAAACAGUAAGAGCGGACGAAGAAAAAUAAAUAGUUACUAAAGUUAUGCCCCUUGCUAUUUCUAUAAAUACCUGUAAUUGGAAUCCAGAUAAAUACCUAUCUAACCCUUUAUUAAAAUUUACUGAUACUAUCUCCUAUGUUUCCUUGACGACUCACUCCUUAUAAUUCGUCAUCGGACUAUCCUAGGGAUCUUUUAAAUAGACUUCCUAUCUAUUAUAUACUAGCGAUUUGCCUCGGCAGUUUCUAUUUUAGUAUCAAAAUUUUUUAAAAUUUUACUAUCAAAUUAUAUAUAAAAUCAUUUUUUUCAUAUCUCCUCAAAUAGUUUAUUAAAUUAUUAGCUUGCCUUUUCUUUAAAAGUUUUUCUGUAACUUAUACCCAAAAACUAUCUGCUUACUCCCCCCCCCCCCCUCCGUGAGCGAACAAAAAAAUUUUGUUCGCUCACGGAGGGGGGUUAAUUUUUUUUUUUUAAAAAAAAUUUAUAUAUAAAAUUUUAUAAAAAAUAUUUUUUUCGAAAUUUAAAAAAAUCCUAAUUUGCAAAAAUUGGGAAGCAAAUAUUAAUUUAAUUUGCAAAAUUUAUGUUUUAAAAAACGCAAUUUGUUUAAAAUUAAACAGAAUUAGCUCUAGAUUUCAUUAUAAUAAUUAUCACUUAUAUAUCCAAAUUUUUUUCCAUUAAAAUUUUUUCUAUUAAAAAAAUUUUUGUUCACUCACGGAGGGUGGGUUUUUGGUCAAAAAAUGGCGAUUUUUCUAAUGGUUUUGUUCGCUCACGGAGGGGGGGGGGGAGUUAGAUAGUUUCGAAAAUUCGACCAAGCCAAUGGAAACACUAAAAUCAGAAUUAGAAAAACUAAAUUCAUCAGUAGAAAACAUGACUGGGAAAGAAAAAGAAAACACAAAAAUGAAAAUUAAUAAACUAAAAACUCAAAUAGCCACCCUCCGAUCCACAAAAGCAAUCAGCAACUCUUUAUCACGAUCAAAUUCUCUAAAAAACAUUAUGGCUGGGCUAGAAAAAUCAUGAGAAAACAGUGAAACCCGCAGAUCUAUAUCAAGGCCAAGAUCUGCCUGCAUGACCCCCAUAACUGGUCUAUCCCCAAGAGGCAGUGUUCUUCUCACUGAGCCUUCUUUUAGUGAGUCUCUUUCUGCAUAUAGAAUUCUAUCAUACACCCCUGAGCCUAUAACACCCCCAACUCCUGAAUCAGAAAAAAUCCCAGUCAGGCCUGCAAAUAAGCCUCCAUUAGGAAUGCCCAAUAUAAUGAAGCUUAAAAGAGAUUCUAACCCAAAGGCCGAAAAAGAAACUGAUGUACUGCAAAAACAAUUAAAAGAAAAAGAAGAAAGAAUAAAAGAAAAAGAAAUAGAAUUAAACGAAAGAGAAACAAGGCUGCAGAAUACAUGGAUGAAAAUUCCAAAUGCUGACGAAUUAAUACCAAUUGUGCAGCAAGAAAUGCUAAGGAUUCAGGAGAUAAAAACGUCGCUGGAGCUGAAACAGAAAUAUUUGGAUAGAGACCAGCUGAUUUUGUCAAGAAGACUUGAGCAGGUAAAAGUGAAAGAAAAUGCAUUGGCGGAGAAGGAAAAAGAACUGGAAAGAAGAGAGUCGAGACUUAAUUAA